GGCGACGUGGCCUGUCCCUUCCUGUGCGUUGGAACCUGCUUGCGCAUCGCACGUAAACCGUCCUGACCCCGGCCGAGACGGCGACACGGGAUGUGCGAAUCGCACCUCAUCUAACGGGCAGCGGCCCGGACAGGCUGCCGCCACCCGCCUCAGCCAGCGAGCGGCGAGGAAGAAGACGACGCGGCCCGCCAAGCUCCCGCCCCCCCCCCCCCCCCCCCCCCCCCCGGCCAAAGGAACAGGAAGCCCGCGCCCUCCGGCGCGUGGUGGGAGUGGGAUGGAGAGGGGCGCCGCUGCUGCGCUCGGCUGCGCCCUCCGCUCCCCUUCUCCCUCCCCGUCCCCGGCGCCCCAGUGGCCGCCGCUCCUCCCCUGCCCCCGCCGCGGCCCGCCCGGGCCUCCCCGCCCCCUCCUGCCGCCCGCGCUCCGCUUUAGUCAAAACAGACCUCUAGACAUGAAGAAGGGGCAGAGUAGCAACUCACUUAAGACCUUCAGCUCAUCUGGACACUCAGGGGUCAGACAGAACGAUGACGAUUUAGUUAACGGCAAGCUCCUAAUAGAUUGUGGAGAAGAUCAAGAUUGUGUGCUCGGUGGCAUAGUUGCGCUGGGAAAGUUUGAUGCCCUUCACAUUGGUCAUCGGGAAUUGGCAAUGCAUGCUUCUAAAGCAGGGACUCCUUUUCUUCUUUCUUUUGUGGGAAUGGCCGAAGUACUUGGCUGGACAUAUAGGCCUCCUAUAGUUGCUCAGUGUGAUCGCAAGCGAGUCCUUUCAUCUUGGGCUCCAUACUGUAGGAAUGUCAUACCUCUUGAAUACCAAGUUGAGUUUUCAAAGGUCCGGUCCCUAUCUCCACGGCAAUUUGUUGAAAGGUUAUCAAAGGAUCUUAGAAUAAAAGGUGUUGUGGCAGGUGAAAAUUACAGAUUUGGUUAUAAAGCAUCAGGUGAUGCAGCUGAGUUAGUUAAACUAUGUGAGGAAUUUGGUUUAAGCGCAUUCAUUGUACGCUCUGUCAUGGACACAGCAAAAAGAUCUCAUAAUGGAGCUGCAGCUGCUAUAAAUUCAAGUGAUAAAGGACAGGUUUCUUCCAGCCGUGUCCGCCAUGCAUUGGCUAUGGGUGACAUGGAAUAUGUCUCCGAAUUACUAGGGAGGAAACACCGUCUUGUGCUAAUGGUUAACCAAAAGUGCCUUCAUGAAAGGAAAAAGAUUGUACUCCCUAAUUCCUGCAUGUUGAACAUGCCACCAGCUGAAGGUCUGUAUGAAAACUGCAACCUUGUUAAUGGAGAGUAUCUUGGACCAUGUAGAGUGAUCAUCAACUCUGACACCAUCGUCAUUGAGAUGAAAGAUGAGAACAGUUUGUCUCCCAAUCCUAUUCAAGAAGUUGGGCAAUUAGGAGAAGACUUUCGUAGAAAUACUGCAAGGGAAGUCAAAGACUGUGUUCAAGUAUGCAGUUUGCCUCACCAUGAUUGAGUUCAGGAGCAUCUUGUAGUCUCACAAGAAUGCUUUCUUCCAGAAAAGUCAAGAUCAGUCCAAUCUUGCCAUACAAGGAGGACUGUGGGAUCAAGGUGACAUUUCUUUUGAUCUGACAACUUGCAUCCAUCGAAUCAAAUGCUGGGAAGGGGCUUAUCUUCCAACUUCACAUCAUGUAGCUUAUACAUUGUAGUUUUAGUUCAUACAUUGGUAGGGAGCAUGGUUGGUCAUUUGUCAACAUUGUAGUAUCUGUUAUUACUUGAAUGUUUAGUUGUUACAAUUAGAACUUUUCUGAUAAAGAACAUUUGAGAUCUCUCCAGAUUUCUUUUAUACAAACUUGCAGCUGUCCUUUUGGCUGCUGCUAGCAUGUAGAAACACUAUUUGUUAGACAUGCUUAAUAACACCUGGAGACUAAAGAGAGUUUUUCUAUUAA